CAAAUUGUUUAUUAUUCUGUGAUUUGGUCUUGAAUUCGGUGGUCUUGACAGAUAAUGACACAAUUAGCAGGGGUCACCUUGAAAAAUAGAAGUGAUAGGAUAGGGUAGAUUUUUAAAAUUCUUCCUGGCCUUUUAUAAAAUAUAUUACAAAUAGUACGUAAUUUUGAAACCAAGUAAGCUUAGUGUGUAAUUAUUUCAAAAAUGCCAACAUUUGCGGCUAAAAUGACAGACAACUCUUCAAAAUCCAAGUUUAUAGAACGCGGGGCCUAUAAGGGCAAAGGUCUUGCCGUAUUUACAAGCGGGGGUGAUUCUCAGGGCAUGAAUGCAGCUGUAAGGGCUGUUGUUCGUAUGGGCAUAUAUCUUGGAUGCAAAGUGUAUUUCAUCAAAGAGGGUUAUCAAGGAAUGGUAGAUGGUGAAGAUAAUAUUGUUGAAGCUAACUGGUCUUCUGUAAGUUGUAUUAUACACAAAGGAGGAACUAUAAUUGGGUCUGCUAGAUGUCAAGACUUUAGAGAGCGACCAGGUCGUUUGAAAGCUGCCAAAAAUCUGGUAGAUCGCGGCAUCAACCAUCUCGUUGUAAUCGGAGGUGACGGUAGUUUAACUGGAGCCGAUUUAUUCCGUCAAGAAUGGAGCAGCUUAUUGGACGAGCUACUUUCCAGCGGCCAGAUCACUCCGGAACUUCGGGAAAAAAACAAAAACUUACAGAUCGUCGGUUUAGUUGGAUCUAUAGAUAAUGAUUUCUGUGGAACUGACAUGACCAUUGGUACUGAUAGUGCUUUGCACAGGAUCAUUGAGGCCAUUGAUGCUAUUGUUAGCACUGCUUAUUCUCAUCAACGUACAUUUAUUAUGGAAGUCAUGGGCAGACACUGUGGAUAUUUGGCUAUUGUUGCGGCUUUGACCACUGAAGCUGACUACGUUUUUAUUCCCGAAUCUCCACCUCCGGGCGAUUGGAAGAAACGGCUCUGUGAUAAAUUAGAGCAGGAAAGAGCAGCUGGUCAACGCUUGAACAUUAUCAUAGUAGCGGAAGGUGCGAUAGAUAGAAACGGUGUAGCGAUCACUGCUGAACAAGUAAAGAAAGUGGUAGUAGACAAUUUACACCAGGACACCAGAAUAACAGUUCUCGGUCAUGUGCAACGUGGUGGAAAUCCAUCAGCUUUUGAUAGAGUAUUGGGAUCCAGAAUGGGCGCAGAAGCUGUAAUGGCUCUGAUGGAAUCGACCGAAGAAACUGAAGCUUGUGUUAUUUCUCUAGAUGGAAACCAAGCUGUCAGAAUACCUUUGAUGGAAGGUGUCAAGCAGACUAAAGCUGUGGCUAAAGCGAUGGAAGAGAAGCAAUGGGAUAAAGCCGUAGAACUUAGAGGCAAGUCUUUUCAAAGAAAUCUAGAAACCUACAAACUAUUAACUCGUCUAAAGCCACCAAAGGAAUUUUUUGGGGAUGGAGCCAAAGUUAAAGAAGGUUACGUUAUGGCUGUAAUCCACAUAGGAGCACCAGCUUGCGGCAUGAAUGCUGCAGUCCGCUCUUUCGUCCGAAAUUGUAUAUAUCGAGGAGAUACUGUUAUAGGAAUCCAUGAUGGUUUAGAAGGACUCUUAGCUGGAAACGUUAAGAAAAUGGCGUGGGCCGACGUCACCGGAUGGGUUGGACAAGGGGGUGCCUACUUGGGGACGAAAAGAUCUUUACCUACGAACAAAUUAGAUCAAGUAGCGAAGAGAUUAACCGAGUACGGAAUCCAGGCGUUGUUAAUUAUUGGUGGUUUUGAGGGUUAUCAAUCUGGAUUGAUGUUUGCCGAAAAUAGAGACAAGUACGAAGCCUUCCGCAUUCCUAUAAUGGUAAUUCCUAGUACCAUUAGUAACAAUGUACCAGGUACUGAAUUUUCUUUAGGUUGUGAUACUGCUUUGAAUGAGAUCACCGAAAUAUGUGAUCGUAUUAGGCAAUCCGCCCAGGGAACAAAGAGAAGAGUAUUUGUGAUCGAAACUAUGGGUGGAUACUGUGGAUAUCUGGCAACUUUAGCAGGUUUGGCUGGUGGUGCUGAUGCGGCUUAUAUUCACGAAGAAAAGUUUACCAUCAAAGAACUUCAAGAAGACGUAUAUCAUAUGGCUGCUAAGAUGUCUGAAGGUGUCCAAAGAGGAUUAAUCUUGCGUAACGAAAAAGCAUCAGAUAAUUAUAACACCGAAUUUAUAUAUCGUCUAUAUUCUGAAGAAGGAAAAGGGUUGUUCAGUGCCAGGAUGAAUAUAUUAGGUCAUAUGCAACAAGGUGGGUCCCCAACUCCAUUUGACAGAAAUCUGGGAACAAAAAUGGCGGCUAAAGCAGUCGACUGGAUUGUCUGUCAAUUGAAAUCCAACAUGGUAAAUGGAAAACCGAAUUGCACCGAUCCAAACACAGCCUGUUUGUUAGGAGUUUUAAAAAGACAGUAUAAAUGUACUCCACUAUCAGUGUUAAAGGACGAGACUAACUUUGAUAAACGGAUACCCAAGGAGCAGUGGUGGUUGAAAUUACGUCCUCUACUUCGUAUUUUGGCGAAGCACGAUUCAGCAUAUCAGGAAGAAGGCAUGUAUCUGACAGUCGAAGAACAUGCUCAAGCUGACAACCUCUAUGGUUGAUCAAGCCAAAGAUUAAGGGAAUAUUUUAGUUAAAAUUCUUCUCAUAAAGAAUUUACACAUUUUUAUCAAAUAAGUAAAAAAAUCACAAAAAAUAAUAUCAUUGUGAUUCCUCAAAAUAUUUGUAGAUUCUUUAAGAUGAAAAGGUAUUCGUUGAUUUUGAAAUCAUUUGAAAUGUUUACAUUGAGUUGUUACAUAUUGCGCUGUGGUAAUUCCUUACCGAUGUAAUCUAAAUGUUUUUAACAGGGCAAGAAAAAUAGCUUUAUUUAUUUUCUUCAUAAUUAAUAUUUGAUUUAUAGAUAUAUAGAGAUUACAGGCUAUGAAUUUAAAAAUACACCAUAGGAUCAUAUUCUAUUGAAAGAAAAUUAAUAUCAUGUUGUAUUGUUAUCUUAUUACUUUCUUUAUUGUUCUAAAUUAAUUUGAAAAUUAGGUCACCAAUGUCUCUAGAAUUGUUUAAAAUAUUUUUAUAAGGUAUUUUUGCUAUAUCAAAACUCAGGGUAUUUUUUUAGGUUAACUCUCAAUAAUCAAUCAGUACAUGUUUUGGUACGCAAAGCCAAAAAAUGUUUGAUGUCGUUUUCACCUUAAAUUUGUAGAUUUUAUUGAUUAUAUUAUGUUAUUGAAUGUUCGUAUUUUAACAAAUGAGGUAUUUUUUCUACUUCUAAAUAGGUUUUAAAGUUUUUAAUCUAAACAUUGCAACUCACUUUUGAUUGUUUGGUGCUUGGUUUGGCCAAUUAAUAUUUGUUUAACUAGUGCGUCAUACUUUAUCUGAUUUAAUCUAAAUAUUUUAAAAAAGUGUAACAUAUUCUCUCUGUAAUAUUAAUUAUUUUAUUCAGUUUUACAACCUUGUUAUAUUUAAGAGAGAUCAGUAGGUCACAUUUCAUUUUUGGAAUGCGUAAUCAAAACUCUUCUGCACAGAAUUUAACGUAAUUUUUUUUUUCUAUCUUGUAUUCUGUAAAAAAAAUCUCCAUGGUGUUCUUUAUAAAUAGCCUUUUUGUUUUUUUCUUUUUCUAUUAAAGUAUAGAGUAUAUACCUAUCGAUUCGUUGAAAUAACUGAUUAUUGUUUCGAUAUAUUUAUCUGAAUGUAUUUUUCAUGUGAUGUAUACAGUCCGUGAUUUCACAAAUUAAGUAUUAUUCUCCAUAUAUUUGUUAAUAAGCCGAGCAUUACUUUUAGGUACUCGAAGAAUUGUUAUAGUUUUAAAGAUAUAUUGUGACAUAAUAAAAAUAUUUGAAAAUGCA